AUGGGGAUGCACGGUUCCAAGUCUCGGAGGCAAGCGCAGGUCCUGAUGCUGGGCCUGGACGAAUCCGGGAAGAGCACUUUGCUCUACAAACUCAAGUACAACGAAAGGGUGGUGACGGUGCCCACCGUUGGCUUCAACGUGGCGAUGGUGGAGACGGACAGGAGCAGCCCGGGUCUCACCGUCUGGGAUGUGGGCGGCCAGAAGAAGAUGAGGCCUCACUGGAAGCAUCACUACGCCGACACGGCCGGGCUGGUGUUUGUGGUGGACAGCGCGGACCCCGGGAGGCUGGAGGAGGCACGCAAAGAGCUCCAUUGGGUAAUUAAAGCUAGCCUGAAAGGCGUGCCUCUGGUUGUCCUCUCCAACAAACAGGAUCUGCGCGGGGCUCUGAGUCCCGAAGCGGUCUGCCAGAUGCUGGACCUGAGGCGAGUGUGUGAGGGCAGCAGGCCGUGGUUCAUCCAGCCCUGCUCGGGCAUCACGGGCACAGGGCUGGAGGAAGGUUUCAGGAGGAUGGUGUACCUGAUGAAGACCCCGCUUAGACAGACACAAGAGGACAUCCAGGUUAAGAUUAAGUCAAAGGGCUUCAGGAUCACGGCCUUGUUAUGCGGCUGA